ACGUGAUUGACCAUGGCACAUGGCUGUCUUCGAAAAAUAUUUUGACGUUUUAUUCCUUAUACAAAUUUGUUUUGUGUAUUACUUCCAUAUAAUCAGAUACAUUCAUGUAUUUUUGAUAAAGACCACUAGAGGGCUGAAUAAGCAGCUUUGACGUUGUGAUGAGUUAUGGCGAAGGGUGUUGUUCCUUGGAGAUAUGCGCGGUUGGAGGAAUCAACACGAGGGAACAUUGCUUGCUUUCCAGGACACGUAGUACACAUUUGUGCAGAGGCACAGUAAACCUGUCACUGUGCAGUGUGCUUGAGAAACUGCCGCAGCUGAAACUUCCGUUCAAACGCGCAAUUCAUUGUUGAAUUGGCUUCCUUUUUAGAAAGGGUUUAAAUAUCUGUUUACUGUUGUCGUUAUGUCUUCAUUCUAGCAGCUUUAUUGAUUCGAGAGUAAGUUUUGGUGCACAGCACAGUGGGACAUCAUGGCUGACGAGGAGCUCAUGUUUAGUAUGGAGGAGCUGGUGGGAAGUGCUCGGGAUGGACCUAGGAAUGGAUGUUCUGAAAGUACACAGUCUUUCCAAGAUUCCAAUGCAAGCGAUGAUGAAGAUGACUUCCGUAUCUGCCCCAUCACUGACGACCCCAUAAGCCCAACCAAAGGUUGCUUUAAUUACCAAAAGAACGUCAUUUGCAACCAGCAGCUUUCAAAUUCGUUGCCCAAAAACUCUUUCACGUACAGGAACAAAAAUGAACCCGAGCAGGAUGGGCACUCUGUCAGGGUUGGCUCUUUAACUGAGAAAGGCCGGGCAACUUGGAAACAUGCUAUUGAGAAAGCUAAAGCCAUGCCAGAUCCUUGGGCUGAGUUCCAUCUGGAAGAAAUUGAGAAAGAGCGCUGCACUCGAUACAGAUUCAAUGCGAUUACUGGUGAAUGGGCAAAAGAUGACAUAUUUAUCAAGGUUUCCUCUCAGCCAUUUGGAAAAGGAGCAAUGAGGGAAUGCUACAGAGCGAAGAAGUUGUCUAACUUUUCCCACAGCAGCAACUGGAAAUCGGCCUCAAACUACGUGGCUAAGAGAUACAUGGACACCGUGGACAGAACUGUUUACUUUGAGGAUGUGAAGUUACAAAUGGUGGCUAAAUUAUGGGGCGAGGAGUUCAAUCGCUACAGGCCUCCCAAAAAGGUUGACAUCAUGCAGAUGUGUGUUGUGGAAAUGACUAGUCGGCCUGGGAGCCCUUUGUUUCACCUGGAACACUACAUUGAGGGGAAGUACACAAAGUACAACUCCAACUCUGGUUUUGUGAGGGACGAUAACAUACGGCUUACUCCCCAGGCAUUCAGUCAUUUCACAUUUGAGCGCUCUGGACACCAACUGAUAGUGGUGGACAUUCAGGGUGUUGGGGACCUUUACACAGACCCUCAGAUCCACACUGAGAAGGGGACCGACUUUGGAGAUGGCAACCUAGGUGUGCGUGGCAUGGCUCUUUUCUUCCACUCUCACCUGUGUAAUAAGAUCUGUAGGAGUAUGAGCCUCACUCGCUUUGACCUGUCCCCUUCUGAAAUUGCACGAUUGGACCGCACCAACAAAAUGCUGCAGUCAGCUCAGACUGUCGUCCGUGGAUGUGAAGAGCAUUGUGGUUCGCCCAGGGUCCGGACGACCUCUCUCGGCCACACACCUGUGCUCCUCUCCCGGCUCUCUGAGACUUCCUUGGUUGAUGAAAGCAGUGACACAGACUCUGUUCCCUGUUCUCCACUUACUUCGGGCAUCUCCGCAGGCCGAUCAUCCAUGGGCUGGUCAUUCAUGAAUGAAAUGAAUGAGGCACAUCGAGCUAACGCAGAUCACAAGGAUUCAGAGAAUGGAGGAGACAGUGGAUGCCCCAGUGAAAAACGCAGUGAAGGAGACUUAGUUGAACAUCACAGUCAGGGUCGUCCCUACUACAACGGACAUUACUCAGAAUCGGAUGAGGACAGUGUUCGUCGGCUGACAGAUGAAAAAUGGAGUUUUUACCAUUCAUCUCGCUCCCACAUACACAGACCCUCCUGUGUGGCAAUGGAAGUAGAGAGACUUAACACUAUGCUUCUCGAAAAGAAAAUUGGUCAAUCCAUCCUAGGCAAGGUUCAUCUAGCCGUGGUUAACUACCAUGAGGGCGGGCGCUUCUGUGAGAAGGAUGAACCAUGGGACCAGCUUUCUGCAAUGUACCAUUUGGAAAGGGCUGCCAUGUGUGGGGAGCUUGAGGCCAUAGUUGCCCUUGGCCAAUGUUACCUUCAGCUGCCACAUCACAUUCUACCAGAAAUCGAAUUAGAGGCAUCUGAGGAAAACAGCAAGAAGGGUUUCCGCUUUCUGCUGCAGGGUGCUGAGGCAGGAGACCGGCAGAGUAUGAUUCUAGUAGCACGAGCAUUCGACACGGGUUUGAGCCUCCCUUCUGAUAGGGUUAUGGACUGGAAACAAGCCGUGCACUGGUAUGACUCUGCCCUUAAGAUGACAGACUACGAUGAGGGGGGAGAGUUUGAUGGGAUAAAGGAUGAGCCGCGCUACCUUCUGUUGGCACGAUUGGCUGAGAUGUACCAGGAGGGAGGGCACAACCUGGAUGCAGACCCUCAAAGAGCAGGUGAUCUUUUCAAUGAGGCUGCUGAUGCAGCUAUGGAGGCCAUGAAGGGCAGACUGGCCAAUCAGUACUACAUGAAAGCAGAGGAAGCAUGGUCUUUUAUGGAAGAAUGAAAGUGCUGGUGUGGAAAAAAGCAUGAAAACGGUUCCUAUUGUUCACACAGCCUCUGUUUACAUGCUGUUUUCAAUGCCUUGUUUUCCUUGGGUCCCUUUGACUUAAGCGAAGUAAUGUUGAUAUUAGAUCAGUUUUCUAAUGAAUGAGACAAGGGCAUGUGCUGAUUCCAGAUCAGUGGUAUACUGAGGUGCUAAAUAUGCAUACUAUCCUGGUUCAUUUUUAAACGAGAACAGUUGCACUGUCUGCAGACUUGUUCAAGUUGUUUGAUGGGAAUACUUGUAUUACUUGGCAAUAAUUUAUUUCUCUUGUUUCUAAAAGAACAAAAGGAUGCAUCUUUAAUAAACAUGUUGUGACUGUUGUGAAAAAAAAAUAACAUUACUGAUGAUUGAUCUUCUGUAAAAUUUAUUGUUAGUAUUGUCUUAGAAUAUUAAGCAUCAAUAUCUAUUGCUGAGUUUUUAACUUGUUCUGUUUUGACUGUUAAAAAACUUUCAUAAUUUAUCAUAAUCAAGAAGUGCAAAAGUGAGUGUGAUCAUUUUUUUUAAAGGUUAUUUUCAAAGGGUGACAAGAUUACAAAGAAACAAUAAAAUUAUUUUUUAAAAAUGGCUCA